GCGCAGCGCCGACCUGGAAGUGAGUGGUGUCUCCCGAUGCGCUGUGGGUGGUGGAGCUGUGCGGCAUGGUCGCGUAGAUAUGACGAGCCGUGGAGUGGGCGGAGCAAUCUUACUCCCUCGUGCUGUGAUAGGAAGGUAGAAUAUAGUAUUUACAAUGAGUCUUCCUCCACCGGAUCCAAAAUUUGACCUUCGAGGCAUUGGUGCAGAAGUCAGUAGCCUUCACUUUCACUGCAGAGUUCAUAAACCAUGUCCACCCCUUCUAUUUUCUGGGUCAUCCAGUGGCUUAGUUCAUGUUUGGAAUGUAAGUACACGAAGAGCAGAGACUGUACUAAAUGGACAUGAUGGCAAAUCUGUUUACUGGAUCCAUACUCUUCAGAGCAAAGACUGUCUUUUGAGUCAGGGUCGUGAUCUGCAGAUACAUACUUGGAAUUUGGCAGAAGGAAGGAAUGAAGUGACUGACUCUAUUGCUGUAGAUAGCGUUGGUUUUUGUAAGUGCUCAUUAUUAAAUAAUGAGAAUUGUUUACUAGCAAUGCCAGGAAAAGAAAGCUCACAGGUUCAGGUUAUUGACCUGGCAUCCAAAAAGAUAAUAGGCUGCAUGGAUCCUGUUGCAGACAGCAAUUGGGGAAUGGUGAUGUGCAUAAAACUUUGGCAGCCUAAGUCUGGGUCCAGUCCCUUGUUGAUUGUUGGCUAUGAAGAUGGUUCUGUUGUUCUCUGGCAUGUCCUUGAACAAAAAUUAAUGACCAGAAUAAUGUGCCACAAAGAACCUGUUAUGAGUCUUGACUUUGACUGCAUGAAUGCCAAGGGAGUAUCAGGAUCCUCUGAGAAAAUACUGAGUGUUUGGACUCUUGACGAGCAGCAGAACCUCAAGACCUGUAAAGCUCAGGAAAUCGUCAAUCCAGGCAUUGCUGAUGUCGCAUUGAGGCAAGACAGGAAGAUCUUGGCAACAGCAGGUUGGGACUGCCGUGUACGGAUUUUUGGAUGGAAGAAGAUGAAGCCAUUAGCUGUUCUCCAGUACCAUUCAGCAAGUGUGCACUGUGUGGCUUUUUCAGACCAUAAUAUACCUGAAGAAAGACUGCUGGCUGCUGGAUCAAAAGAUCAUCGUAUUAGCAUAUGGUCAAUGUAUUCACAAACAUAGACAACAUGCAUUGUGUUCACUGCUUCACCAAUAUAUUUUGGUAAAAUAUCAUGUAAGAGUUUCAGCAAAUGGGUAAAACUACAACGGCUAAGCAGUGUUGAGUACUGUAUUUGUGGAUGGAUAAGGACGAUGGUAGUGCCUAAUACAGUACUUCAUGUCUAGAAGUGUGCAGCCCUGUUGGAAAAUACACAUUUUAUAUAAUGUUUUUCUGUGUAGGAAGACAUUGGUUCUUCAUGUGCAACUCCAGAUGCCUUAGACCAAAACAUGUGACUGCAUUGUCCUAGUCUGUAGUGCCUUCUCUAUUAUAACCAUGCCUCCUGAUACAUGCCCGAGCUCUGUUUUUAUAUAUUUUUACCAUUUAGGCCAUGUUGAUAGAAGUUUGUUGCUAUCCAUUUGAUGUCCAAUGUUGAGAACAGCAUAUAAAGAACAAUUAUUACCCAACGAGUAAUUAAUAAAGCAAAACACUUUGGAACAAUUUAUUCUUCCAUAGGUCCUUCCAAUUCAUGCAAAACCCUACAUUUGUUUGUUAUAUUUAUAUAUAUAUAUAUUUAUGUUUCCACAUUUUGAGGUAUACACAUAUACACAUAUAAAAUACCUGUCUAGUUGUACAGACAGGUGCAUUGAAUGGUUUAUUAUUUUAUUCCUCAAAGUCUACAUGUUUGUGCCUGUUAUUGAGGCUUAAGUUGAACAGACUGUUCUUUUAUUUAUUUUUUACUGUAAACUAGAAAAUAGUUUGGGUACCAAAAGUUUGUACCAUUUGCUAUUUUUUGGCUUGCAAAAUCCCUUUAAGUAAUAUUUUGGGCUACUACUCUGUUCUGGCUGUCAAUGUGUUGGAUCAUCCCAUGCUGAUGUCAGGAUAGCAUGUAUUUAUAAAUGUGAAUACUUCAUUAAUCCCUAACUAUAAGCCCGCUGUGAGGUCCCAGCCAAGAAAAGAUUACAUAUGGAGGUGGAUCUUCUCACUAGAGGAAAUUCUCAACAUUGCAGUAUUCUCCAAAUUUUGUAUGAAUUACUAUUUUCCGUAAUCAAACAUUUGUUUUUCUUAUUGCAAAUAUUAUUUGUUCCCCAGAUUUUCUCAUUUAGAAUAUAAAUAAUCAAUUAACCAUCA